AUGACACCCCGCGAUGGAGAAAGGAUCUCCACCGCAGCUGUCCAUGAAACAGAUGUUGAUGCGGCAGAUCAGAGCGAAGUUGGCACCGACGAUGCUCUGUUGGUUAUAAACCGGAUAAACUAUCUAAUCACAGCUGUAUUCACAUUCAUUACAGCUGCAGUCAUUGCGGAGAUAUGCUCUGCCCUUCCGUCGGCUGGAUCCAUUUAUCUUUGGGCUGCUGAAGCUGGUGGGCCAAGAUACGGUCGCCUGCUGGGUUUUGUCGUUGCAUGGUGGAGCACGACGGCAUGGACGACCUUCUGUGCGACGAGGCUAAUUGAGAUCGCGCAGGAAUUGACGGUCUUCGAAGUCGAUUUCCCCAAGAAUGUGGAUAGUGUCAAGUUUCGGGCCGUGCAAUGGAUCUGUACGGAAGUUCUACUUGGGUUAGCCGCGAUUGUCAAUUUUUUUCCUCCGAAAUAUUUUAGAUGGAUAUUCUAUCUCUCUUCAUCUUUCGUCCUGCUCGACUUUGUUUUAAACGUUGUAUGGUUGCCUAUUGGAGCUCAUAACACAUGGGGUUUCCGCACCGCUCAGGAAGCGUUCUUAGAGACGUAUAACGGCACUGGUGCCCCCGCUGGUUGGAAUUGGUGUCUCUCAUUUCUCGCUACUGCCGGUAUUCUCAUUGGUUUCGACGCUUCUGGUCACGUCGCCGAAGAGACGAAAAAUGCCUCAUUAACGGCUGCCAGGGGCAUCUUCUGGAGCACCGUUGUAAGUGGCUUGGGCGCAGGAGCAACCAUUGUACUCUUUCUCUUUUGUGCUCCCGAUCCUGAGACCCUGUUCUCGUUUGGGUCACCGCAGCCGUUUGUGCCACUAUACGCAGUGGUACUGGGCAAGAGGGCGCAUAUCGUCAUGAAUGUAAUAUGCGUUAUAGCUUAUUGGUUUAACACAACCAUUGCCAUCGUCGCGGCAUCCCGGCUCGUCUUUGCGGUUGCACGGGACGGGGUGCUGCCGUUCUCAGGCUGGGUGUCUCGAGUUUCUGCAAAUGGGCAACCGCAUAAUGCCAUUCUUGUCGUCUGGGGAGUCGCUGCAGGGAUAACUUGCACCAUCCUCCCGUCCACCGUGGCAUUUACCUCUCUUGUCUCGGCUGCCGGUGUCCCAUCAGCAGCCGCAUACGGCCUGAUCUGCCUAGGACGAGUUUUUCUCACGCCGAAUAAAUUCCCAAAGCCACGCUGGAGCCUGGGACGACUGAGCAGGCCGUUCCAGAUUAUCGGUAUUUUCUGGAACGCGUGGGUGGUCGCUGUUUUGUUUUCGCCGUACCAGUUCCCUGUUACGGGCGAGAAUCUGAACUAUGCGCCUAUAAUAUUGUCCGGUGUAACCAUUUUCGCGCUCGUAUCAUAUGGGAUUAUUCCGGAGGAGAAAUGGUUUCCCAAUGCGAGGAUCACGAAAUUUGUUGAUCAGGGGGAGCCCGUGCAACCGAUACAUGAAACGCGAUCGCUGCCAAAUAAAUCGAGCGGUGGUAAAUAAUAGGUGAAAAGUUCCUGCUGUUUUACUUUCGAUAUUUAGGCAUAAAAAAGUACUCUUGUUAUGAUUUAG